UGUUUUAUUUUAACAUAUAUCCAAUUAUACAAUUUCCACUCCCCUUUGAGGCACGAACUAUUAGAAUUUGUAACAAUGGAUUUCUGGCAAAGAGCUCGGACCUUCGCCGAGGAAGCCGCUAAGCGAUCGCAGGAGCUGACACAAGGAAUCGGCUCCACCAAUUUCUCCGAUGUAGUAUCCGAGGCGUCGAAACGGUCCAUGGAGUUAGCCGCCGAGGUGUCAAAUAAGUCCAAGGAAAUUGCCGUUGAGGCAGCGAAGAAGUCGAAAGAGAUCGCUUCUGAAGCGUCGAAGAAGUCGAAGGAAAUAGCUGAUCAGAUCAAGUUUCAGAUUCCACCGGUCGCCGCCGUGGCACUGACUCACCUGGUAGACUCAGGUCAGAAGGGAAAUGAUGUUGAUCUGGAGAAGUACGGGGUUACCGAUGAGCUGCGGGAGUUUGUGAAGGGGAUGACUAUGAAUACUUUUGAGGAUUUUCCGCUUGAAGAUGACUUAGAGAUGUCAGAUAUUCCUACUGUUUCAAAUGUUCGACAGGAUCUCACAGAGUGGCAAGCAACCCAUGCCAAGCUUAUGCUUGCAACAGUGAAGGAAAUUUCUAAGCUAAGGUAUGAGUUAUGCCCAAGAGUGAUGAAAGAGAGGAAAUUUUGGAGAAUCUACUUUAUUCUAGUUAACAGUCAUGUGACACCGUAUGAAAAAGGGAAUAUGGAGGAGGUAAAGCUAAAAUCUUCAGAAAAGGAGAAAAAUGCUGACAGGAAGGAAAUUGCAUCAGGUGGAACAUCUUCUGAAGCAGUAUUGGAGGUUUCAAACCAGAAAAGCAAUAAUGCUAAGUCACCUGCCUCGGAGCAGGAUUUAGAUGUAUUUCUUCUCGGAGAUCUCGAGGACAGUGAUGAUGGUCCAGGUACAGUAAAGGCACUUAUUAAUGUGUCAGCAUUUGAUAUGCAUAGGCAACUAAAUUGUUUUGGAUCUCUUUUGAAUUCUUUCUUUUUUUUUAUUUUGGGGGGGGGGGGGGGGGGAAUUUCCCCCAGAAAACCAAACCUACUCAUGGGGCGCCAUGUGUAUAAUGUUGUUGCCACCCAUCUCCACUUGAACUGCUCGACCCACUUAUAUUAA